AUAACGGAGGAAAUAACUUGGCUGACUUGUUUUAUUUAGAAAAUUUAGGAGCUUUUUAGACUUUUUUUGGCCUUUUGUAAUGUGAGGAUAAACCUAACACUGUUUUGUUUCCAAUGAUGGCAAGCUUAUAGGGGCGUGCUCCCAACGAAGGAUAACCUUCAUCGGCGACGAGUUGAGACCGACUUGCUAUGCCCUGUGUGUGGUCUGGAGCCUGAGUCUAUAUUGCAUUGUUUUGUGUACUGCCCCGCCGCAAGAGCAACUUGGUUAGGAUGACCUCUUAGUCUCCGCGUGUCGGAGCUUCAUGUUGAUAAUUUUGCAGCUUUUAUUGACAGUAUGAUACCCUAUCCUGGGAAGAGAACAAUUAGAGAUGUUAUGCAUCCUGUGCUGGAAGAUUUGGGGGUGCAGAAAUGAGGCAGUAUGGCACGGUAAGCACACAGAUCCACAACGCAUCAUAGAGCACGGCUUGGGCUAUUUACUGGAGUAUAAACAAGCAAUGAUCUCAAAAGGCAGGCAAGUGGAACUUGAGCAACAGCUUAGUGAAACAAGAUGGAGGCCUCCUGACGUGAGUCACGUGAAGAUCAAUACAGAUGGAGCCACAUCAGGUCAGCAACAGAAUUUUGGCAUAGGAGCUGUGGCACGUGAUCAUGCUGGUAACGUGGUGGCAGCGAUGGCAUGUAAAGGGCAAGGCGCAGUGGCCGCUGAGAUAGCUGAGGCAUGUUCGCUGCGUAAGGCGCUACAGUGGGCGCGAGGCCUUUCUUUUGAUAGGAUAAUUCUUGAAUCAGACUGUGCAACCAUCGUCAUAGCCAUGCAACAUGAUUCUCCCUCUCUGAAUUCCACCUUGGGGUUGAUUAUUUCUGACAAUAAGAUGCUCAUGACUUCUUUCCUUAGUUGUCGAGUUCAGCACAUUAGAAGGGAAGGAAACUCUGUUGCUCAUGAAUUGGCGAAACAAGCCAUCCAAGCAGAAGCUGACGAGUGCUGGGGUGCUGACCUACCUGAGCUUAUAGCGCAAUUUGUAAUAAGAGACAAGUCCAAUAUCUAAUUAUGUCUUCCCGAUUUCUCCCUUAUUUAUCAAUAAAAUAUGCGCACUCUU